AUGGCCCAAACACCCAUCUCGCUGGAAGCGUCGACGCUGACGCCAGCGCGACUGGCUGCCGCUGCAUCCAAAUGCACCGAACUCCAGCGCUCAGGCCGCGAAACGCAUGCCAAACGGCCCUUUGCGGCUCUCUUGCUGGGCCCGGACUGCGAAACGGUGCUCAUGACCUCGCUGUCCCUCUCCCACGUCCGACACGCCGAGUGCGAGCUUGCCCGCAAUGCGGCCGACAACUACGCCUGGGACUACCUCGCCCAGUGCACCAUGGUGUCCACGUGGGAGCCGUGUGCCAUGUGCGCCGGGGCCAUCUACUGGGCGCAUAUCGGCCGUCUUGUGUAUCUCGCAUCUGAAAAGACCCUGCAGACGCUGACGGGGACGGGCAAUACGGAGAACUUGACACUGGAUAUGCCAUGCCGGUCCUUGUUUGCGGCCGGCCAAACGACGGUCGAAGUGCUCGGGCCAUUCACAGAGGAGGGCUGGGAACAGAAAGUGGUGGACGAUGCCGCACUCUACUGGUCAACAACGGCGUAG